AUGGCAGCGGGGAGAGUGAGGGGGCUGGCGUCACAGCGUGUGGUGGUGAUCGUCGGGGCAAGCAACUGCUGCAUGUGCCACACGGUGCAGACUCUCUUCAUGGAGCUGGGUGUGAGCUGGACAAUGACCCCUGGUGCAAGGACGUCGAGAGGGCGCUCGCUGACAUGGUCGGCUGGAGUCUGCCUGAGCCGUCCUUCUUCAUCGGAGUCGCAAUCGUCGGCCACCACCGACUGGGUCAUGCUGCUGCACCUCGGCGGCCAGCUCGUGCCGCUCCUCCGCCAAGCUGGCGCCCUCUGGCUCUGA